AAAAAUAAAAAAAAAAAAAAGAGCUGAAGAUCGUGUUUUUUUCUAUUUGUUUUAACUUUCUGGGUUUUCGGACCUUUUGGAGAAGGCUGCGGGUCUGUGACGUCACAGUGAACAGCCAAUCAGAGACCAGCGGAGAAACGAACCGUCAGUCAUCCGUCCAUCCUUCACCACGGUGCCUUUGGUGUGAAAUUGAUUUAUAGGAGCGGGGCUGAGGGGGUGCAGCAGCGGGUGGCUUUCUGCCUCACUUUAAGAGAUUCCGGGUUCAAGCCCGGGCCUCUGUGUGGAGUUUGCAUGUUGUGCCUGAGCACACAGAUCCAGGUUUGGAUGGAAGGAUGGAUGGAUGGAUGGAUGGGCAUCUUCAUUUCUGUCCCUUCACAUUGUCCCCGCAGGACGACCGCCAGCGCCGGAGCGUCCUCAUUGGCUGAGAGCGGCUGGGAGGCGGAGUCAGAGCAGACGCAGACGUGGUGGGCGGGACUCCGGGGGUGGCAUGGCGUCUGGCCCCUCCCCCCUCAGACUCACCUGGCUGUGGUGGAUGCUGGUGGUGCUGAGCGCUCCUCCGUCCGUCCUCACGGGCGGUAAGUCUACAGAAAGGUGUGGUGGGCGGGACUGCUCCACCUGUCAGUGUUUCCCAGCCAAGGGAGCCAGGGGGGCUCCGGGGCCUCUGGGCCAGCAGGGCCCUCAGGGGCCGCCGGGCUUUCCGGGCCCUCAGGGGCCUCCGGGACAGAAGGGCCACCGAGGAGACGAGGGCCCAACUGGAGGGUCGGGGGUCAAAGGAGACUUGGGAGUGGUGGGCGUCACCGGGUUUCCAGGGUUGGAGGGCGUUCCGGGACACCCGGGAGCUGCCGGAGGCCCGGGUUUCCCGGGCGUGGACGGAUGCAACGGGACCAGAGGAGAGCAAGGUCCAGCCGGGCUACCUGGGGAGCAGGGACCUGACGGAGACCCGGGCUUUCCAGGACUGAAGGGACCACCUGGAGCUCCGGCCAUCUUCUACAUCCAGAUUCCUGGAGUGACGGGAGACCCAGGAGCCAGCGGAGUGCCUGGUCUGCAGGGGGAACAGGGUCUCCCUGGUCCAGCAGGAAGUCCAGGACCUGUAGGACCAGACGGCUUCAACGGUAUACCUGGUCGGCCUGGUGCUCGAGGUCCUCCUGGACAAACAGGUCGAUCACUUCCUGGACAGAAAGGAGACGAGGGGGACCAGGGCGUCCAGGGGCCUCCAGGCCCCUUUGAGAUCGUCGACCCUCCAGGAGACUUGUACAUCAAAGGAGAGCAGGGUUCUCCGGGGUUGAAAGGGGUCUGUGGAGGUCCAGGUCUGCCGGGUCUGGACUCACUCCCCGGGGAAAAAGGAGAGAAGGGGAUUAUUGGCUUUCCUGGACCGAGGGGACUCACGGGGAACCCUGGUCUGCCUGGAGAAAGACGAUUCAAGGGGAUCCGUGGAAACCCGGGUCUUCCGGGUCUGAUUGGACGAGAAGGUCCGAAGGGCCUGAUGGGAGAUCCAGGCGUUAAAGGACUUCCUCAGUACAAUGAUGUCACGCACACAGGUGAUAUCGGGGACCCUGGAGAACCCGGGCUCAGGGGCCCUCCUGGGAACAUGGGCCCGAUGGGAGCGCAGGGACCCCUGGGAGCUCCGGGCAGAUCAACAGUAGGGAAGGAGGGCGCCACGGGCGAGCGCGGCGUCCCAGGAUGCAAAGGGAACAAAGGAGACCAAGGCGAGGUCUUUAAAGAUGGACCGGCACCUGGGGAACCUGGAAAACCAGGACAGCCGGGAUUCAGGGGGCCUAAAGGACAGCGGGGGAGCCCAGGUUCCUACUGUGUACCUGGAGCACCGGGGCGGCCUGGGAACCCAGGGGAACAGGGUUCCCCGGGGGUCAAGGGGUUCAAGGGACUGCAAGGACCGACAGGGGACUGCUCCUGUGGCCCUCCGGCUCCUGUCAUCGGCCCCCCGGGUCCCGUGGGGGACCCUGGACCGCCAGGGUUUCCAGGACCUCCGGGACCCCCAGGCCUGAAAGGGGAUGAAGGUCGACCUGGAAACAUGGGACUGAAUGGUGAACAGGGUUUCGCAGGGUUUCAAGGUGUCAGUGGGUUUAAAGGGCAGAAGGGCGACUUCAUCGUUGUGGAGGUCAAAGGUGCGAAGGGAAACCAAGGCCCUCCAGGGUCUGCAGGUAGACAAGGGUUCUCAGGGAGGAAUGGAUUCGACGGGCCUCCGGGCCCCCCUGGAGACCCCGGUCCUCCGGGUGAAGGCUUCUUCGGGUUCCCUGGAAAUAAAGGCCCUCCAGGGUCCUUGGGGCCCAAGGGCUUUGUAGGACCUCCAGGGGCCACGGGACCGGGCCUGGUUGGAGUAUUCGGAGAACGGGGGGCCCCGGGGAACCCAGGACUUAACGGGUUUCCCGGUCCCCCGGGGCCAAAGGGGGCUAAAGGAGACACUCUGCCCUGUGUCCCUCGUAACCCCGGAGCCCCAGGACAGAAGGGAGACUCAGGAAAUGCAGGCUUCCCGGGUCUCCCCGGUCCUCCUGGCUUUCGAGGCCCCACUGGUCCGGAUGGAGCUAAAGGAGACAAAGGAAAAGACGGACUUCUUGGACCGCCUGGACGAGCAGGCCCCCAAGGUUCCGUUGGAGACACUGGAGAAGAGGGAGCAGAAGGCGUCAGCUACAGCGGAGAGCCAGGCUCUCCUGGGCUUCCGGGCUCUUCUGGACUUCGGGGACCUGCUGGGAACUCAAUCAUCGGGCCCUCAGGACCUCUCGGCUUUCCAGGUCCACCAGGCUCUCAGGGACCUAAAGGAGUACCCGGUCCUCCGGGACCAAACGGACUGCCAGGAAGUCCCGGAGCGCCCGGGCUCCCCGGGGCCCCGGGCCGGGUCGGCAACGGUGGGCUCCCAGGCAGAACUGGCCCUCCUGGACCCACACCUACGCAGUGCAGCGCAGGACCACCUGGUCUAAGAGGCCCCGCUGGCCGUCAGGGGCCCAUCGGACCCCCAGGGUUCCCGGGGCAGAAGGGGGACAGUGGCUUUGAGGGCCCUCCAGGGUUUGGCCCUCGAGGAGAUCCUGGAAAACCAGGCUCUCCAGGUUUCCCUGGGUACCUGGGCCCUCAGGGCCCAAAGGGUCUUGAUGGAGAAGCAGGUCUUCCAGGGUUCAGUGGACUGAAAGGUGUGACGGGACCUCGAGGGCAGGAUGGAGGGCCAGGGGGUCCGGGACGGCCCGGGGCCCCUGGAGAUCCAGGGACAACUGGAGAGAGAGGCUGCAGCGGGCAAGACGGCGCUCCAGGAUGUGAAGGACCCAAAGGGCAGAAAGGCUGUAAAGGGGCCCCGGGGCCUCCGGGAACCACCAGCUUCACCCCCAUCAGAGGACCGCCAGGAAAACCAGGACCGCCCGGCCUCAACGGAUUCCCUGGAGCACGAGGCAAUAAAGGGGUACGUGGAACUCCUGGUAGCUCAGGUUUACCAGGUCUGGAUGGACCUCCAGGGAUUGGAGGACCGCCGGGAGCCCCGGGAUCCUCUGGUAAACCAGGACCUCCUGGACCACCAGGACUAACGGGCCCUCCAGGAUUCGUCGGCUUUCCUGGAUUGACCGGAGAUCCGGGGGACCCCGGAUGCCCGGGACAGCCUGGAUCACCCGGUCGUCCAGGAUGUAAAGGUGCCAAAGGGACCAGAGGAGAGUCCAUCAGUGGUCCUGGGUCACCUGGACCUCGAGGCGCUCCUGGAGACACAGGGCCGUCAGGGCCUCCUGGACCUCGAGGAGACCCCGGAGGUCCGGGUACCACUGGGACUCCAGGACAGAAGGGAUGCAAAGGAGAUCCGGGAGUCAGUGGAGGUCCAGGCAGUCCGGGUGUGGUGGGCCCACCAGGUCCCCAUGGUAGGCCGGGUCUUCCGGGACUUCCUGGGAAAGCCGGAGGUGACGGUCCUCCGGGACCGCAGGGCUCGCCGGGACUCCAAGGUCCCCCGGGGCCGCUGGGACUUCACGGACUGGACGGACUGAAGGGCGUGAAGGGGGACAUGGGGACCCGAGGUCUGGCGGUCACCGGCCCCCCGGGCUGCAAGGGUCUUCCAGGGGAUAAAGGUCCUCCAGGUCCUCCGGGCCCACCUGGUUCAUCUCAGCCAGGGUCUAAAGGCUCCUGUGGCCCCCCAGGACCCAGAGGACCCCCGGGGGCCGCCGGACCCUCAGGCGAACCCGGACCCAACUGUGAGGAUCCCAUCCGGGGCCGGGCCGGAGAGCCAGGUUUCCCAGGUCCAGAUGGAGAGCCAGGCUGCCCCGGUGCGGUCGGAGAGCCAGGUGUGAACCGGCCUGUGUGUGGGGACGUCGGGGACGACGGGGACCGGGGCUGCUCGGGGCCACAGGGGUCCAGGGGGCCUGCAGGACCACCGGGACCGAGAGGCUACCCUGGGAACCCCGGAGAGAAAGGUCCGCUGGGCAGUCUGGGUCUCAUGGGGGUACCAGGGAGUCCCGGUCCUCCAGGUCUGCCUGGACCCAGUGGACCUCCGGGACUGAAGGGAAAUCCUGGACCCAGGGGUCCAAAGGGGGAGCAGGGGCGAGUCUUCCCCUGCCCCACAUACGCCCCCCCCACCGCGGGACCUCCAGGACCCCCCGGCUGCCCGGGGCGGCCCGGGGAGCCCGGGGCGGAUGGAGAUCCGGGCCUGAGGGGCCAGAAAGGUCGGAAGGGGGAUCCGGGACCUCCAGGACCGCCGGGCUCCAAGGGCCCCCCGGGACCAGAUGGGAACAGGGGAGAGCAGGGCCGGCAGGGAGAGAGCGGGUUCAGCGGCCAGAAAGGGGACCGCGGUCCGAUCGGCGACGCCGGGCCUCCCGGUCCGACCCGCUGCCUGAACUCCGGGUUCCUCCUGGUGAUGCACAGCCAGUCCAAGGCGGUCCCGACCUGCCCCCCCAGGAUGAGGGUCCUGUGGGAGGGCUACAGCCUGCUGUACCUGGAGGGCCAGGAGAAGGCCCACACCCAGGACCUGGGUCAGGCCGGGUCCUGCAUGCGGGUCUUCUCCACCAUGCCAUUCUCCUCCUGCAACAUGGGAACCUGCUCCUACGCCAGCAGGAACGACAAGUCAUACUGGCUGUCCACCACAGCGGCGCUGCCCAGCACGCCGGUGGCGGGCGCCGCCAUCGAGGAGCACAUCAGCCGCUGCGUGGUGUGCGAGGCGCCCUCCUCCCCCGCCGCGCUGCACAGCCAGACCUCCCAGCAGCCCCGCUGCCCCCCCGGCUGGAGGAGCCUCUGGACCGGAUACUCCUUCCUCAUGCACACCGGCGCAGGGGACGAGGGCGGCGGCCAGUCGCUGACGUCGUCGGGAAGCUGCCUGACGGACUUCCGGGCGCAGCCCUUCGUGGAGUGCCAGGGUCCGCGGGGAACCUGCCACUACUUUGCCAACAUCUACAGCUUCUGGCUGACACGGGUGGAGCCCCGCGCCGCCGCCGCCGCUGCCGCCAUCACCAAUAGCUCCGCCUCCACGCUGACCCACAGCUGGCAGCAGCGCGAGAGCAUCGGCCGCUGCAACGUGUGCAUGAGGGAGUGAGGCGCAGUGACGGACCUCUUGCUUGGUUUCUGUGAGGAGAGACCGCCAUGUUGGACCGACCAGCUCCACCAAUCAGCCGCCAGCUGGCAGAGGGCGAAACCGGAUUCCUCCCAGGACAUCGGCAGGUUAACAACUAACCAACUAACUAACCACACUGACCAGGACAACCAGCCCCACCCUCCACCUUCUACACCGAGGAGCCUGCUGUGUUUCCAUCGUUCCCUGUACUGCCAGUAUUCCCAGCAUUCCCAGUAUUCCCAGCGUUCUCAGUAUUCCCAGCAUUCUCAGUAUUCCCAGCAUUCUCCAUUGUUCCCAGUUUUCCCUCCACGUCCACAAAGUGUCCGUCCAAACGUGGACAUUUUUGCUUCGGACUUUUAACAUUUCCCGUUGUUGGUUCCUGACGUUGUUCUCGUUCUGGAUCUUUCAAAUCUCCUCAGUUUAAAUGUCACUCCUGGUUUUCGCCAUGGUUUCUUCUCCUCGGAACAUUUCUGAUCUUCGUUUUCGUUUUCCGGCUGAUUGAAACUUGGACGUCUCUGAUUGGCCAUCAGAACGCUCUCUCCUCACCAGAGACCAAUGACAAAGCCUGGGACUUUAAGCCCCGCCCCCGGACCACUGAGAGCCUCUGUGACUGGCCGGCCAGGAGGCGGGAAAGCGUGUCAUUGGCCAGAACUUUUCUUUGUUGACGAUUUGGGAAAAAUCUGUGAGAAGCUGUGAAAAACCUCGAAAAAAUGUUUUUGUUGCAGCACGUGACCAAGACCAGGACCAGAACUAACCCGGGUCCAGGAUCUAAGACCAGUGCAAGAAUUAGACCAGGACCAGGACCAGAACUGGACCCGGGUCCAGGCUCUAAGACCAGUGCUAGAAUCAGACCACGACAACAACUUGACACAGG